AUGGAGAAGAGGAACAGUCUGCGUCGCUCUGGGACAACAAGGCGGUGGUGGGGUCUGCGGAGGCGCUGGAGGAUGUUAGGACUGUUUGAAAUCAACCAGGAACAUGAAUUCUACAGCCUCACCUGUCUUAUGAAAGAGGGGCUGCAUGCUGCCCUCCAGACCAGCAUCGACACACCAGGACCUGUCAGUAAAACUAUAGACUACACAACAAUAUACACACUAUUUCAACUGUCACACAGAAUACGUUUUUAUACCCUAGGAACUUACUGCAUUGACCCCCCUCUGAGAAAAGUACUGUACAUACAUCUAUACUGAACAAAAAAUAUAAACGCAACAUGCAUCAAUUUCAACGAUUUUACUGAGUUACAGUUCAUAGAAGGAAAUCAGUCAAUUGAAAUAAAUCAUUAGGCCCUAAUCUAUGGAUUUCACAUGACUGGGCAGGGGCGCCGCUAUGGGAGGGCAUAGGCCCACCCACCUGGGAGUCAGGCCCACCCACUGGGGAGCCAGGCCCAGCCAAUCAGAAUGAGUUUUUCCCACAAAAGGGCUUUAUUACAGACAGAAAUAACCCUCAGCACCCCGCCCCUCCCACUCCUCAGACGGUCCUGCAGGUGAAGAAGCAGGAUGUGGAGGUCCUGGGCUGGCGUGGUUACACGUGGUCUGCGGUUGUGAGGCCGGUAGGAUCUACUGCCAAAUUCUCUAAAACUAUGUUGGUAGAGAAAUGAACAUUAAAUUAUCAGGCAACAGCUCUGUUGGACAUUCCUGCAGUCAGCAUGCCAAUUGCACGCUCCCUCAAAACUUGAGACAUCUGUGGCAUUGUGUUGUGUGACAAAACUGCACAUUUUACAGUGGCCUUUUAUUGUCCCCAGCACAAGGUGCACCUGUGUAAUGAUCAUACUGUUUAAUCAGCUUCUUGAUAUGCCACACCUGUCAGGUAGAUGGAUUAUCUUGGCAAACGAUAAAUGCUCACUAACAGGGAUGUAAAGAAAUGUCUGCUCAAAAUUGGAGAGAAAUAAGCUUUUUGUGCGUGUAUUUUUAUUUCAGCUCAUGAAACAUGGGACCAACACUUUACAUGUUGCUUUUAUAUUUUUGUUCAGUAUAUUUCGAAAUACAAUGCAAGUACCUCUUCAAAGAGUCUCUUAAAUAAUCCCACAGCGCCCCCUCCGCACCCCCCAAUUUAGAAAAGUUAAAAAAAGAUUGCCUUUCGUGAACUAACACUCGCACUUGACCUUUCCCCCCCUACUAGCACUGACAUUGGUAGAUACUUUGAGAAAAAGGUUACUUACUAUGACUGAGAUGUGGUUGUCCCACAUACAGUGCAUUCGGAAAGUAUUCAGGCCCCUUGACUUUUUCCACAUUUGGUUACAUUACAGCCUUAUUCUGAAAUUGAUUACAAAAAAAUAACAAAUCUCAUCAAUCUACACACAAUACCCCAUAAUGACAAAGCGAAAACAGGUUUUUAGAAAUGUUUGCAAAUUUAUUACAAAUAAAAAACAGAUACCUUAUUUACAUAAGUAUUCAGAACCUUUGCUAUGAGACUCGAAAUUGAGCUCAGGUGCAUCCUAUUUCCAUCGAUCAUCCUUGAGAUGUUUCUACAACUUGAUUGGAGUCCACCUGUGGUAAAUUCAAUUGAUUGGACAUGAUUUGGAAAGGCACAAACCUGUCUAUAUAAGGUUCCACAGUGGACAGUGCAUGUCAGAGCAAAAACCAAGCCAUGAGGUCGAAGGAAUUGUCCGUAGAGCUCCGAGACAGGAUUGUGUCGAGGCACAGAUCUGGGGAAGGGUACCAAAAAAUGUCUAAAUUAUUGAAGGUCCCCAAGAACACAGUGGCCAUCAUCAUUCUUAAAUGGAAGAAGUUUGGAACCACCAAGACUCUUCCUAGAGCUGGCCGCCCGGCCAAACUGAGCAAUCGGGGGAGAAGGGCCUUGGUCAGGGAGGUGACCAAGAACCCAAUGGUCACUCUGACAGAGCUCCAGAGUUCCUCUGUGGAGAUGGAAGAACCUUCCAGAAGGACAACCAUCUCUGCAGCACUCCCCCAAUCAGGCCUUUAUGGCAGAGUGGCCAGACGGAAAAAAACACUUGUCAGUAAAAGGCACGUGACAGCCUGCUUGGAGUUUGCCAAAAGGCACCUAAAAGACUCUCAGAUCAUGAGAAACAAGAUUCUCUGAUCUGAUGAAACCAAGAUUGAACUCUUUGGCCUGAAUGCCAAGUGUCACGUCUGGAGGAAACCAGGCACCGCUGAUCACCUGGCCAAUACCCUCCCUACGGUGAAGCAUGGUGGUGGCAGCAUCAUGCUGUGGGAAUGUUUUUCAGCGCGAGGGAUUGGGAGACUAGUCAGGAUUGAGAGAAAGAUGAACGGAGCAAAGUACAGAGAGAUCCUUGAUGAAAACCUGCUCCAGAGCGCGCAGGACCUCAGUCUGGGGCGAAGGUUCACCUUCCAACAGGACAACGACCCUAAGCACACAGCUAAGACAACGCAGGAGUGGCUUCGGGACAAGUCUCUGAAUGGCCUUGAGUGGCCCAGCCAGAGCCCGGACUUGAACCCAAUCUAACGUCUCUGGAGAGACCUGAAUGUACCUGUGCAGCGACACUCCCCAUCCAACCUGACAGAGCUUGAGAGGAUCUGCAGCGACGAAUGGGAGAAACUCCCCAAAUACAGGUGCGCCAAGCUUGUAGCGUCAUACCCAAGAAGACUCGAGGCUGUAAUCGCUGCCGAAGGUGCUUCAACAAAGUACUCUGUAAAGGGUCUGAAUGCUUAUGUAAAUGUGAUAUUGAUGUUUAUUUUAUUUUAAUACAUUUGCAAAAAUGUCUGAACUGUUUUUUGCUUUGUCAAUAUGGGGUAUUGUGUGUAGAUUGCUUGAGGGGGGGGAAAACUAUUUAAUCCAUGCUAGAAUAAGGCUGUUAUGUAACAAUGUGGAAAGAGUGAAGGGGUCUGAAUACUUUCCGAAUGCAAUGUAGUAUCUUAAAAUGAAUGCAUUAACUGUAAGUCGCUCUGGAUAAGAGCGUCUGCUAAAUACUGGUAGUUUUUCCUUAUUUUGUUGCAUGUGACAAGAAACCUUUCAUUGUGGGUUGAUAUUGUUUCACUCAGGAUGAACUUUCUGCUGAACAUUACAAAUCGGAGGAGACUCAAGUCCACAAGGUGCUAUUUAAACAAUAUUCACAUGAAUAACACUAUGAAUCACUAUUCACAUGGAAAACCAAUCCUGACAACUUACUGUCUAUUUUAGUAAAUGUUUUGUGGGACAUAUCUGUUUUGAUUCAUGGUCCUCUGUUGCCUCCCACUGCAGGACUAUGAGAUGCAGACAUUUGCACGACUGGUGUUUUCCAGCCUGCGGCACUCCCUGGACAUAAAAGAGGAGGAGUACAAGAGGUCCCUCUCUUCAGACUGCUGCUAUCUACAGUUCAUGAGCAACUCCAAGAGCAAGGCUGACUUCUUCCUCACGUGAGGCCUACUGAAGGACAACAUAAACAUCAUAAAUGUACAUACAACACAUCUAAUCUAGCCAACUCUAUAGUAGCACAUGCAGAAAAUGCCUUAUUUUUUACCUCCUUAGGAAUGACAAGAGGUUCUUCCUAAAGACACAAAAUAAGCGGGAGGUGAAGUUUCUUCUUUCCAACCUGAAGGCAUAUAUGGAUCACUUGGAGAAAUACCCCCACUCAUUGAUGGUCAGGUUCCUGGGUGAGAGAGAAAAUAUCACAUGAGAAAUAUUGGGUAGAAUGUCACCUGUUGCAUGUCAUUUUGUCAGCUGUGCAUACUCGUUUCUUAUUCCAGGUCUCCAUAGUAUCCAAGUACCAAAUGAAACAAAGGUGAUUAUAAUGAAGUGCACAUAUUCAAACACAGCCGUAAAAAACAACUGUAUUUAACUCUUCUCUUAAUCUUUCUCAGAAGUAUUUCAUUGUGAUGCAGAGUGUGUUUUACCCGGACGAGAGGAUUGAUACCAGGUAAACAUUGUUUGUGCUGUAGUUAUGUAGUUAAAAAUAUAUAUUUCUGGAUUGUGUCGACAAUUUUGGCUUUGUCUCUUAGAUAUGACAUCAAGGGCUGUGAGGUGGGUAGGUGGACUGACCCUGCAUCUACUGGAAGCCCAGUUAAGAUUCUGAAGGAUAACAACUUUGAAGGAAAGCACAUCAUUCUAGGUAAGAGCCUGGUAUGCCCUAUAUCUGCCAGAUCCUGACGGAAUGGAGAAAGUCAUAUUUUAUUGUGUUGUGUUGUUUCCUUGUGUCUUAUGACUUGAACAAAAAGUGAGAUUAAGUGCCAUUCACAAAGGUAAAAACCCAUGCAUUCUCCUAAGAAGUAAAUGUUUAUCAUGUGUUGACAGAUCAGCAGCGCUCCUGGCUUGUGGAUCAGGUUGAAAUAGACACAGCCUUCCUCCGUAGCCUCAAUGUGCUUGACUACAGUAUCCUGCUGGCCCAUCAACCCUUGCACAAAGACGAGCUGGACAGGAAGCACUCCUUUAGUAACCUUAUUGUGCGCACUGCAAAGUAGGUGUUCAGUGGAGCACAAUAAUCUACUGUAUGACAAAGUAUGAAAAAAAAGUAACGGAAUAGUCUUUAUUGGACACUCCAGACAUGCAGUUGUUGCUGAGCUAAUGUAAGGUAACACUGUGAGAAGAUCACUGGUAAUCAGGGCUUUUACUCUUACCCUGAUGUAAGCUGAUUUUUAUCUCUUUUGUUAUUCAGUUCUUACAUGGUCUUUCCUCUGCAGGUCCAUGGCCCAAGACAGUCCCACAGAGGAAGAACACCCACACUAUUCUGUUGUUGGAGGGGGACUCUUCUCGACUGGCAUCAGAUACAAUAGACAGUGGGUCAGACCACGUCCAGGACACAGGGGAACACUCUGGCCAUUCAACCCCCUCGGUAAACAGUACAGAUGCAGAACUCUGGGAGUUCCAUGCUCAUCACCGUAGGCUGCUGCCUAAUUUCAAGAACUCAGUGCAUGUCAUAGAUGGGCCAGAGCUGCGCUACUUUGUGGGUGUUGUAGACAUUUUUACUGUGUACGGUUUGAAGAAAAGGCUGGAGAACCUGUGGAAGAGUCUGCGCUUCCCUGGCAGAGCCUUCUCCACUGUCAGCCCAGCUACCUACUCCCAGAGGUUCUGCCAGUGGGUAAAGGACCACACCAAGUAA